ACCUGUAGUUCUACAUACGACAAAAAGGAAGAACACCUAAGUUUUACAUGCUGUUAAAACUCCAUACAUCUCAGAGUUUUUCAUGGAAUAGAUGCUCACUGCACCACAGAGAUGUUGGUUGGUAAAGGACUAAGGAAAAAGGAGAACGUAAGCCUGAACUUACCACAGCUGAGCAAUGAGAUGCAGCUGAUCCUCAUGAACAAGGUGAAGAAUGGGGAGUUGACCAUUGAGGAUGCCCUGGACCAGGCCCAAAGGGACAGGGAGCUGCUGCUCAAGCAGCAAAGCCAGUCUGUGGAGGACCAGGAAGUCUUACAGCACAAUUUCAGUGUCUGCCGUCACAACCGCAAGUGGCAAAAGUGUAUUCUUCAGAUUGACUUCAACACUAAGAUGGUGUGCUGCAUAGAGAAGGGCAUCAUCAAGCACCAGCUGUCUUUCGAGUGUGUGAAGAGCUGUGAAGACGGAGCAGGCGCCAGGUUCUCCAUCUCAUUUCGUGGACACCAAGAUUACGAGCUUGAGGCCACUUCUCUGUGUGACAAACACAAGAUUGUGCAGUUUGUGAACACCAUAAUCUACAGAAAUAUAUACAUCAAUCCAGUAGAGGACACUGUUCAGACCCACGGACAACCUUUAGCACCAAAAAGCAUUCGGGAGGGCCAACUGUUGAUGCACAGAGGUGGAUUGGCAUCAUUUAAAUGGGUGAAAUACGAGGCGCAGCUCCGCCCUGGACAGCUGACCCUGGUCCCCACCAGCAGACGAGGGGCGUCUGAUGACAGCGACGUCCCCUCAACCGUCCCCUUAUCCAUUGUCAUUCACCUCUCAGACGGAGACACCAGUGUAGAGAAACAAGCCAUCUGCGACACCUUCACCCUGAUCACCCACAAGAACGAGCACCAGUUUCGGGUUCCUGUGAACGAGCGGGUGAAGAGUGCAGAGGCUAUACAGACAGAGAGAGAUGAAUGGGUCCUUGCCAUAGACAACCUGUGCUUGGAGUGGAAACGAAAGUCUCAGUCUAAACCCAUGAAUGAAGACAGGGCGGCCAAACAAGUCUAUGACAGUUCUGGUGACACUGACGAGAGGUCAACAGGUAGCGAAGCAGCGAGCAACUUCUCCUCAGAUGGGGAUCUGUCGCGAUCCGGAGAAGAGAGGGACCAGAGUAGACCAAUGGCAUUGUUUGGAAGGCGUGGCUCUAAUACUCUGCAGAUACCUGCAUCUACUUCCAAUGCUCCUAGUCCCAGCUCUACUAACCCUAGCUAUGCCUUACCUGUCAGUUCAUCCAGCCCCCACACACCUACAACUCCUGUUGUUACAAAUGGCCUCGUACCCACCUCUCCUGGGCCUGUUCUUGUACCCACCUCUCCUGGGCCUGUUCUUGUACCCACCUCUCCUGGGCCUGUUCUUGUACCCACGUCUCCUGGGCCUGUUCUUGUACCCACCUCUCCUGGGCCUGUUCUUGUACCCACGUCUCCUGGGCCGGUCCUGAUACCCACCUCUCCUGUCCGACUCCUACCUUCCCGGGAAGCGCCCCCUCCUCCAAACAUCCCACUUCCGCCUCCACUUCCCUCAAAGCUUGUAUUUAAGCCGUCAUCCGAGCGAACCAAAGCUUUUCACUGGGAUCUUGUUAGUUCAGACAAGAUUGAAAAAUCGUUUUGGAUGGCAGGAAGGGCUAGCAAGAUUGAAAUCAACAUUUCAAUCUUGCAUGAGGAAUUUGCAACACAAGAUCUGGGAAGAAUUGGUGGGUUUGAGGCCAGUAACAAUCAAGUCAACAUCAUGCUGAACCAGAAGAUUGCACACAACUUCAACAUUUUCCUCAAAAGCUUUCCAGUGCAGCCAGGAGAGCUGAAGGACAAAUUGUUAAUUGUUAAUGAGGACGAUGGGGGGCUGUCUGAUGAACACAUCACAUCCCUGAGGAGAUAUGUACCAACCUUGGAUGACGUGGAAAUGUACACAUCUCACAAGGGACCAGUAUCUGAUCUGCAUAUAGUUGACCAAUACAUGAUGGAGAUAUGCAAAAUUCCAUACCUGAGCACACAGCUGGACCUGCUGCUGACUCUGAGAGAACUUCCCCACAGCAUGAAGGACAUGCAGCCUCUGAUUAACCAGAAGAUCCAAAUGUGCAUGCAGCUGCUGAGCUCCAGGUCAUUUGUUUCCGUGCUGGAGUACCUCCUCGCCAUUGGCAAUUACCUGAACGAGAACGCGGGGAAGGGAAAGGCCAAGGGAUUCCGCCUCUCGUCCUUAACUAAACUCUCCCAACUGCGUGGGAAAAAGAAGAAGUUCACCUUGCUGCAUGCCCUUGUAGAGCAGCUCAUGUUGCAGGCACCCGGCCUGGCAACCUUUUUCCAAGAGUUGACAGAAUUCGAUACUGUCCCAGGAGCUUCUAUUAAAGGCCUCACCGCAGAAGUGGAUGUUGUAAAGAAUGAGCUACAGAAGGCCAUUCAAUACAGUAAAGGUUACAAGAAGAGAAACUCAGGAGAGCAACACGUCAAGUUCUCCAAAGACCUUAAGAUGGCAAUUGAGAAGCACAAAACAGAUCUCUCUCUGCUGACAAAAAGAUGUGAAGAGAUGAAGAAACUCUACACUGACAUAUUGGUUAAAUUUGGUGAGUCACUGGAUCAAGACUCCCAGGAGUUCUUUGGCUUGGUGUGCCAAUUCAUCAGUGACUUCAAGAGGACACAUGCUCAAAUGAUAUAAAUCACUUUCUAUUCUUGUUGGUAUUGUUAGGGGCUAUGCUGUUGUUUUUGUUGUUGCUGUUGUCGUUAACCGUGUCUUUCAAGGUUGACUUUAUACGAAUGAUACGUGAUUUUACAAAUGUGAAGAAUUGGCCUGUUAGAUGUGAUGUAACAAUUACUCCCAUUCAAUAAGCAUGGGAGUAAACCUUCAAUGCAUUGUGAUGAAACGUACUGAAUGACUGGUGAAUGACCUGGGCUUUUUAGUAUGUGUGGGGAGUGAAGCCCCAUGUGGCCCCUCCAGUCUUGAACAGUGAUGCGCUAAAGCCUGCCACGUGCUGUCUGCCUUUAAGAACGGUCUAUCUGUGCGUGCCCCGCAGUCUGUAUAAAACAUGCUCGUAGCUAAAACAUAAUGAACUCAAACCAAGAUUUCAAUAUGAAUUGCUGGUACAGCCAACUGUACGCCACAAUUAACUAAAACAAUUUACUAGGUGAAAUAUUGUAAUUGUAAUGUUUUUUUUCAAUUUUACAUCUUAAUGCUAUACAUUUUCUAUGCAAAGGCAUUAGUUGAUUCUAGUGAUGCCCCAUGGACUGUUGUGGUUUUGUGUUGUGUUCUGAACAUCCCUGUUCUUCAGUUAAGUAUUUGGAUUCAACGUCCUUCAUGUUCCUUUAGCUUGAUCUAAACAUUAUAAUGGAAGCACAGCUGCAGGUUUAGCUGCCAGCUGUGUUUAAUAGCAGCAGCUACACAUCUGGACUUGGGGAAUACCGUCUCAGUGAAAAUCAAUUUGGUAAAUAUGUCAGUUAAACUCUCCUGUGUUUGAUUAUUUUAUCUUGCAGGUACAGUGUGUGAUUUUUGGAAUGACUGAUUAUUUGUCGUCUACAAUGUAGAACGAAUCGAUGAUAACAGAUUUAAAGAAUAAUUGAGUUAAUCUUGCAAAAUGAUUAUGAACACUAUGGAUAUGCCAAAGCUAGCUAUUGUCCACAGCUGUCUGCUGGCAUAGGAACAAAACAACAAAGAACAUUCCUGAAGCCAGCUGAAAAGGAUCCAUUUGAGUUAACAUUUACUCCAAACUUGCAGGCGCUCUAUCUAGCCUUGUUUAGGGACACCAUUUCUAUUCCAAGACUCCAGGAACGUCUCCAAGAGUCUCUGAUUCAGAGGAACAUCUGUGCUAUCUGCCAUCUGAGAUAUCUUUCCUUUAUGCUCAACCCAUUCUUCAAAUGGCACCGGGCUGAAAUGGGUACUCUUUGUAACUUUCCAUGUCUCAGGGUUUUUCUGUCUGUGUGACAUUUUAAUCAUGGCAAUUGUCCAGUAGUGACUGAAGAAGAUAUUUUAUUUGUUGAAAAUGUAGUUGUUGUUUUUUUUUUUACAUCAGGAGUGCUUAAAAAAAUAACUUCAGUUAUAGAAAAAUUGCUAAAGAUUGUAAGAGAGUACAAUCACCCAGGAUGCCAUGCUGGGUGAUUCACACAGUAUACUUCAAAAACAAACAUUCUGUUUAGAAUAUAUCUUUCCAAAAAUGUAGGCUACUUAGAAAAGAAUGGACAACAUUAUAAUAAAGAAAUGAAAGACAAUUAAUUUAAUAAAAUGUGACCUUGACAAGAUGACUUGUACCUCUCAUUACAUCUAAUAAUUUGUCUGCAAUUUUCUUUUGUUUGUUGCACCUGAAGGUAUGUGGUGACUAAUACGAGCAAAUCAAAAGGAAAAUUCCUCUUUAUUGUAUGUACAGUUCUCAAUGUGCUAAGAAAAUGU